UCAAAUCCAUCGAAUUUGUUUUGAUUUGAUUUUUGUUUUAAGAAGGCACGUUGCUGUGUUCUUGCAAUAUAAUCAUUGCUUUCAGUUCAUAUUUACUGUAAAAAACAAUAAUGUCCAGUGUACCUGAUAUAGCAAAGGAAGCUGUGCUCAAGUCGAGUUCUGACAUUCCAAUCGAAUCAAGUGUUGUCCAAGGCUAUGAAUGGAACAAUGGAGUUGAUUACUCGGCUCUCCUACAGUCCUAUGUCAACACAGGCUUUCAGGCGACAAAUCUUGGUCUAGCUAUUAAGGAAAUCGAUAAAAUGCUUGACUGCAGAUUGAAGAAAGUAGAUGCCGACCAAGAAGAUAUUUAUGAGUCAGAUGAAUUCAUAAAAAGAAAACAUAACUGCACCAUUUUUCUAGGAUUCACUUCGAAUUUAGUAUCAUCUGGGAUGCGAGAAACACUCAGAUUCUUGGUGGAACAUAAAAUGGUUGAUUGCAUCGUUACAACGGCCGGCGGUGUGGAGGAAGACUUCAUUAAGUGUUUAGCUCCAACCUAUAUGGGAUCUUUUGAACUUGAGGGUAAAAAGUUGAGAGAAAAAGGAAUCAAUCGAAUUGGUAAUCUCCUAGUUCCCAAUGAUAACUAUUGUAAAUUUGAAGAUUGGCUAAUGCCUCUUCUAACCGAAAUGCUCGAGGAACAAAAAGAAAAAAACAUUGUCUGGUCACCAUCGAAGAUUAUACAACGACUUGGUGAGAGAAUAGAUGAUCCUUCGUCAAUUUACUAUUGGGCAGCGAAGAACAAAAUCCCUGUUUUUAGCCCAGCUCUGACCGAUGGAAGCCUUGGUGAUAUGAUGUAUUUCCAUUCAUUUCGUAAUCCUGGCUUAGUUGUUGAUAUUGUAUCUGAUUUGAGACGUCUUAAUACAAUGGCAGUUAAGGCCAUAAACUCGGGAAUGAUCAUUGUUGGUGGUGGAGUUAUAAAACAUCACAUUUGCAAUGCCAACUUAAUGCGGAAUGGUGCCGAUUUCUCUGUAUUCAUUAAUACGGCUUCAGAAUUUGAUGGUAGCGAUAGUGGUGCACGUCCGGAUGAAGCUGUUUCGUGGGGUAAAAUAAAAAAGGAUGCUAAUCCCGUUAAAGUUUAUGCCGAAGCCAGUUUAGUAUUUCCUCUAAUAGUGGGGGAAACUUUUGCUAAAAGACAUUUUAAAAAUAAAAACGAUGAAUGAAAUUA